AUGGCCAUGGGCCUUAAGAAGGGCCACAAGGUGACCAAGAACAUGAGCAAGCUGAGGCACAGCCGCCGCCGUGGGCGCCUCACUAAGCACACCAAGUUUGUGCAGGACAUGAUCCGAGAGGUGUCUGGCUUUGCCCCCUAUGUACGGGGAGCCAUGGAGCUGCUCAAGGUCUCUAAGGACAAGAGGGCCCUGAAAUUCAUCAAGAAAAGGGUGGGGACACCCAUCCGCGCCAAGAGAAAGAGAGAGAGGAGCUGA